GGUUGGAACUGCCUCCCCGUAAUGGGGUGGGAACGGGGAAAAAUCCCUUCGUCCCGAGCAGGGUCUGGGUUUGGAGGGGUCCCAGCAGGAAAACCAAGGGCGCGACAUCGCUGCUAACGGGCUGCACGUUUGGCAGCACGCGGCGGGCGAUGCUCAGGCUGAAGAAGCGUCACUGUGGGGCAGAAACAGGCUGAGAAACAGGAGCCGCUCCGGUCGCCUCCGCUCGCUUCCCCAGCAGGCUGCUCCUGGCUCUGGCUACGGAAUAAAUUCAUUAACGAGCCCGCAAAUGGGGGCCGGGGGGGCGGGCUGGCAGCUGGGUGCCGCAGGGAUGGGUGCACGGCACCGCGCCUUGCCGGGUUUCGCGUUAAUUAGCGCAGCUCGGGUGGGGCUGGGGCAGGCAGCGGGGCCGGGGCGCUCACUGGCUUUUCUGCCCUUCCAGCACUGGGCCCUGCAAUGCCGUUUGGCUGCGUGACGCUGGGGGACAAGAAAGAUUAUAACCAGCCGUCCGAGGUGACCGACAGAUAUGACCUGGGCCAGGUCAUCAAAACGGAGGAGUUCUGCGAAAUCUUCCGGGCGAAGGAGAAGACGUCGGGCAAGCUGUACACCUGCAAGAAGUUUCUGAAGCGGGACGGGCGCAAGGUGCGGAAGGCGGCCAAGAACGAGAUCAUCAUCCUCAAAAUGGUGAAGCACCCCAACAUCCUGCAGCUGGUGGACGUCUACAUCACCCGCAAGGAGUACUUCAUCUUCCUGGAGCUGGCCACGGGCCGGGAGGUCUUCGACUGGAUCCUGGACCAGGGCUACUACUCGGAGAAGGACACCAGCAACGUCAUCCGGCAGGUGCUGGAGGCCGUCGCCUACCUGCACUCGCUCAAGAUCGUGCACAGGAACCUCAAGCUGGAGAACCUGGUGUACUACAACCGCCUGAAGAACUCCAAGAUCGUCAUCAGCGACUUCCACCUGGCCAAGCUGGAGAACGGCCUCAUCAAGGAGCCCUGCGGCACCCCCGAGUACCUGGCUCCGGAGGUGGUGGGGCGGCAGCGGUACGGGCGGCCGGUGGACUGCUGGGCUAUCGGCGUCAUCAUGUACAUCCUCCUCUCGGGGAACCCCCCCUUCUACGAGGAGGCGGACGAGGAUGACUACGAGAACCACGACAAGAACCUCUUCCGCAAAAUCCUGGCCGGGGACUACGAGUUCGACCCGCCCUACUGGGACGAUAUCUCGCAGGCGGCCAAGGAGCUGGUGACACGGCUGAUGGAGGUAGAGCAGGACCAGCGGAUCACGGCGGAGGAGGCCAUCUCCCACGAGUGGAUCUCCGGCAACGCCGCCUCCGAUAAGAACAUCAAGGACGGCGUCUGCGCCCAGAUCGAGAAGAACUUUGCCAGGGCCAAGUGGAAGGUGGGUGGGGGGCGCCCGGGCCGUCCUGAGCCUCGUUUGGUGCUUUUUUCUUGGGGGG